GCGGCCCCGGCCCCGCCGCACUCGCCGCUGCCGACGGAGCGGAGCGGAGCGGGAGCCGUGGCCGCCGCAGCCGCAGCCCUCAGCGCCAUUGCCGCCCGCUAUGGCAGGAGGCGGUUUUCAAUACAGUAGGAGUAGAUGACUUUGUCGUUGUGACUCUGGAUGCAGCAAAAUCCUGAAGGAUAGCCUCAGAAGAAGGAUUCUAACUCAGACUGUUGCCUACGGCAACUUGCAACUUGGACUGUCGCACUUUGCAUAGGCUGGAAGAAAUGCUGUAGAGGAGUUUGGCUGAGACGAGCCCUGGAUGCAAGUACCGGUUUCUUAAGGAGCCGUUGAUGCUGACGAUACUUAAAGAAAACCCUAAUGUUCCAGCUGGAUUACUCGGCGCUUUUCUAAUUCCUGGAGGUGCUGCGGUUUAAGUAAGAACUAGUCCUGUUAGUACCUGGCCUGUCACCUCAAGAAGCAUCCAUCUGGGUACUGUAUGCAAGUCCUUGACAUCCUGGAAACGAUGGGGAUUGGUAAGAAUACCACUUCGAAAGCGGUGGAGACAGGAGGCUCAACAGAAGGCAAAUAUGAGGAUGAAUCUAAACAUCCCACCUUUUUCACUCUGCCUGUCGUGAUAAAUGGUGGAGCAACAUCCAGUGGUGAUCAGGACACGGAAGACACAGAGUUGAUGGCAAUCUAUACUACAGAAAACGGCAUAGCGGAAAAGAGCUCUCUGGCAGAGACGCUGGACAGCAGUGGCAGUUUAGACGCACAGAGAACUGACAUGAUUUACACUAUCGAAGAUGUUCCUCCUUGGUAUCUCUGCAUAUUUUUGGGGUUACAGCAUUACUUAACGUGUUUCAGUGGAACUAUAGCAGUGCCCUUUUUGCUAGCUGAUGCCAUGUGUGUUGGAUUUGACCAGUGGGCUACCAGCCAGUUGAUUGGGACCAUUUUCUUCUGUGUGGGCAUCACUACGUUGUUACAAACAACUUUUGGGUGCAGGUUACCCUUGUUUCAAGCGAGUGCUUUUGCAUUCCUAGCACCUGCUAGAGCGAUACUGUCCUUGGAGAAGUGGAAAUGUAAUAAUACAGAUAUAACAGUUACAAAUGGAACGACAGAACUGCUUCACACUGAGCACAUCUGGUAUCCCAGAAUACGAGAGAUCCAAGGUGCUAUCAUCAUGUCCUCCUUGAUAGAAGUGGUGAUCGGUCUGCUUGGCCUUCCCGGCGCCCUGCUGCGAUACAUCGGGCCUCUGACUAUCACGCCGACUGUCGCUCUCAUCGGCCUCUCCGGUUUCCAGGCAGCGGGGGAAAGAGCAGGCAAACACUGGGGUAUCGCUAUGUUGACUAUUUUCCUAGUAUUGUUGUUUUCUCAGUAUGCCAGAAAUGUCAAAUUUCCUUUACCAAUUUACAAAUCCAAGAAAGGAUGGACAGCAUACAGGCUGCAGCUUUUCAAAAUGUUUCCUAUUAUUUUAGCUAUUUUGGUGUCAUGGUUGCUCUGCUUCAUCUUCACGGUGACGGAUGUCUUUCCCCCUGACAGUUCGAAGUAUGGCUUCUACGCUCGCACAGACGCCCGCCGAGGAGUGCUCUUGGUAGCUCCGUGGUUCAAGGUUCCUUAUCCUUUUCAGUGGGGACUGCCAACAAUUUCGGCUGCUGGAGUAAUCGGGAUGCUUAGCGCGGUUGUUGCUAGCAUUAUUGAAUCAAUAGGGGAUUACUAUGCCUGUGCCAGGUUGUCUUGUGCUCCUCCUCCUCCUAUUCAUGCAAUAAAUAGAGGGAUUUUCAUUGAGGGUCUUUCCUGUGUUUUGGACGGAGUAUUUGGGACGGGGAACGGAUCCACUUCUUCCAGCCCUAACAUUGGUGUCUUGGGCAUCACGAAGGUUGGAAGUCGGAGGGUUAUUCAGUAUGGUGCAGCCUUCAUGCUCUUGCUUGGAAUGGUCGGCAAGUUCAGCGCUCUCUUUGCAUCGCUGCCGGACCCCGUGCUUGGUGCCCUCUUCUGCACUCUCUUUGGAAUGAUUACAGCUGUGGGUCUGUCUAAUCUCCAGUUCAUAGAUUUAAAUUCUUCUCGUAACCUGUUUGUACUUGGAUUUUCCAUUUUCUUUGGACUUGUCCUUCCAAGCUAUCUCAAACAAAAUCCACUGGUCACAGGAAUAGCGGGCAUUGAUCAAGUAUUGAAUGUUCUCCUCACUACAGCCAUGUUCGUUGGUGGUUGCGUUGCGUUUAUUUUGGAUAAUACCAUUCCAGGAAGCCCUGAAGAAAGGGGAAUAAGGAAAUGGAAGAAAGGGGUUGGUAAAGGAAGCAAGUCGCUGGAUGGCAUGGAAACGUACGAUUUGCCCUUUGGCAUGAACUUUAUCAAAAAAUACAGGUGUUUCAGCUUCCUGCCAAUCAGCCCUACCUUUAUGGGCUACACGUGGAAAGGCUUCAGGAAAAGCAGUAACUGCAGGAGUUCAGACGAAGACUCGGAAGCUACAGUAUAGCCUUAGUUGAAAUUAUAUUAUCUAGUUGUAGUAAAAGAUGUAUUUGCAGUUUCUUGCUGAUUAAGAAGCAUUAAAAUAUAUGUUUUGUAUAUCUGCAUUUAAAUUCUGGAACCAGAGCUGAGACGGGUUUAAAAAAAAAAAAAAAAAAAAAAAGCUUUCCUGUUGUGGGUGGUGGUAGCCAGAUCUAGUGUCUCUGGGUCAAACUUUCAAAUGCUCCUCUGUUCACUUUUCAAAAGCUUUAGAUAUCUAUGCACCUAAGUCUGUUUUUAUUUUAAACGGAGCUUAGGUUCCUAAAGUAUUUAGGUGCUAUUGAAAAUGUUACUCUUUAUGGUGAUUUUUUUAUUUAAGUCAUUGAUGCUGGCGUUUUUGGCACGUUCAUUGCUGGCAAUGUUAGUUACGCCAGAAAAUUUGAAUCCUGUGAAAAGAAAAAAACUUGUACUUCUAAACACAACAUCGAAUCAACGUAGUAUUGUUUUCCAGUUGCUAGUUCACACAUUCCAUAUUUUCAGACCCCUGUAAACCAGACUUAGUUUGUACUGGCAAAUCAUGAGGAUUUUCUUUUCUUUUUUUUGAGUUAUUGAUAGUUGAGUCAGAUUUCCAGCGUGAGACAGACGUUCCCGUACUAACCUUUGCCGCUGAAAACUACGGCCGACUUCUGUUAGCUUAGUGCUGUUCAAGGAGCCACUCAUUUCAUGCCAGUUUGCAUUUUUAGGCGUUUGCUUUUUCUGCCUGGCGUCGAACCACCUCGUUAUUGUCCAGGUGCAGGUUUUCUUUAAAGGGACAUAUAUAGCUUUAGUUUUACGAAGAUGGGAAACUUUUAACUUCCGAUGGGACCCAAUAACAGUUCUUACAGCGCGAUGCCUGUAUCCAGCUAGACGACGCAGAGGUUUCCCGAAGGAAAAUGGUAAUUCAUUAAGCACUUUGAAGCAAUUAAGGUCUGCAUGUGUGCAGCUUUCCCCAUCAGGAAAAUGCUGCCAGCAUUCGCUUAUUUGGAUCUGUACAAAAUUUUCUUCCUUGGCUGUCGAGGUCUGGUGCUGCCCAAGUGUGGCUUACGUUACAUUGCCUCCUUUUCGUUUCUCUUCGUGGGGCGCCUUCCAAAGCUCGCUUCUUUUACAAAGGUGAUCUUCUUUUGUAGCGGAGACACUACAUUUGAUGUCCUCAUCCACUGGAUGGUUUAACGGGUAUUGGGUCCAAUCAGGGCACCAUUCAGAUUUUUUUCCUGGAAUAGUCUCAGCUCUGAUGUUACGUGGGUGUUCAUGCUCAUCAUGCGUUCAUAAUUAAAAGUUUUAUUCAUGUUUAAUGUUCUUACUGUUGCAAGUUAGUUUUAGACUUCAGUGUGGCCCCAAAAGCAUUUUUAAGCUGUGGAGAUCAUCAGGGAAAUGUAGUGUAAUGUAAUUUCAAGGCCAGUAUGCUCUACGGUGCUUGCGUUUUGUAUUCCUGGGAAAAAAAAAAAAGGUAACAGUAGAUCCUGUAAUUCACUAAUAUAUUUAUCAAACUUUGACUACUGGACACGAGCGCAGGAACUCUGUUUUCUCCGAGUCGACUUCCAGGUGAAUUUGUUAUUGGUUAGUGAAGCAUGGAAGGGUUUGGGUGGGGAGGGCGAGGAAGGAGCUUAAUGGAUCAGUACUGAGUAGUGUAGAAUCGCAACGAUUCCAUUCAUAUCGUUUUCAGCAUGUCAUGGCUGUUUCCAGAAACUAUCUUAUACCGCUUUUUUUCCAUAGCGAAGCAUGUGUGUGUUCCCGCUUCAGGGAACUUUCAGUAGUUUGCAGUCUUGGUGUCAAUUGGACUAUCUCGAAAGCUGGUCAGAAGAGUUACUGUAGAAUAGACAAUUUAGUUUGCCUGUGAAACUAAGUCUUUUUAUAAUUUUAAAAUGUUUCCUCUUUGGGUAGUGAGGUGUUAGAUUUUUUUCACAUCCACUUGCAGAUAGUUGGAGCGCGGAGACCUCUAAUCAGUGGCACAAAGCUUCCAAAUUUCCCAACUUUAUAUGCAACCAAAGAUGUGUGGGAGAGAUGGGGAAAUUCAAGAAGAAGGGGCUGAAAAAGAAAAAGGAGGAAGGAGGAAAAAAAAAAAAGGAACAAAAAAGAAAAAGCCAUCUGUUUACGGUGGCUAUAAUCAUGUGAAAUGCCAAAGUUGGUUAAUUUAUAAAGGUUGAGAAAGGGAAGCAAAAGCUUUGGCUUUAAAAGUGUCACCUCUUAAAUAUUUCAGUGCUUCAAGCCCAGUGAUUGCACCGGGCACAGGAUACGGCAGUGCAACCUGCGUUUUGAGGCUUUUCUGACCUUCUCCCCCCAGAUACUCUCACGAUAGCAUGAAUGCUUAUCCAGUGAAGAGAUGAGGCAGUGAGAAAUGUUCUUCUCUCGCGUUUGGAUGGAGUGAGGCUGUACAUGUUCUUUACAGCCUUACCUUGAACAUGUUGGAAAGAGUUGCCAGUUGGAUGUGAUGCUGGAGUCAAAUUAUAAGGCGAUGAACCCAAGGACUUUUGUUUUUCCUUCCCCGGGGCAGAAUACCAACCUUUUUUUGCAGUGUAAGAAAGAAUACUGGAAUAAGUGAAGUCAGAUUAUUCUGUCAGAUUUUUGGAGUUAAUCCUUUCUUGGCUUUUGGUCCUGCCAUACUGGUUCUGUCGACUGGCGGAGAGGAGCAUGGUAGCGUUUAGUUGGCAUGCUUUGCUUUUCUAGCCACUUAACUUGGUAACACUAAAGUAAGUAGCUGUAGUUAGCCGACGUUUUCGUAACGAAAUUUAUAUAACGUGUAACAUGAGACGACAACUGUCUUAAUCUCAUUAGGAUAUGAAUGGUUAAAGAUGAGCCUUGGUUUUGCAAAGGAGACCUGCUGAAACGCCUGUUAUAGCAAAAGGUUAUAACGAAGUCAUUGGCAGUACCUUAAAUGUACAGGGAAUGUUUUGAUGCGACCGCGGCGCUCGGGAUGCCUCCGGGUGCAUCUCUCCGAGGCUUUGCCCGAAGGGAAGGACGGAGCUCCUAGGCAGUUCCCCUUUCUUAUGCCACUGGAAUGAUCCCGGCGCUGCCAGUCGAAGGAGACGCACAUGCAAUGUUUGCUUUUUUUUUUGGUGAGGGAAAUGCUGAGAAUUGCCCCCAUUUUUGUACAGUUGAGGCAGGUGAUUGUGGACCUUAGCUACCGCUCCGGCGCGCGUUUGGCUCGUUGCGAGGGCUGUUGGGAAGCGCCGUGGCCUUCGGAGGCGCGCGGCUGUGCUGCUGCAGCUGGCAGACGUGUUGCAGAGGAUUAACUUGCAAUUCAGAGAAGCAUUUAAAUCCUUAGCGCUUGUUGUUUACGUCCGGGCUUUGAUGGGUAAGAGGUAGCUAGGUGCAGAAACGCGACUGUAAAUGCAAUACUGUAUUUUUCCUACGUGUGUAACUGCCUGCCUUUCCAACUGCUAAACUGAACAAAACCACGUACAGAAGACAACGCCUGAGAGAGGAGAGGCGACGUUUCAGCCAGACGUUAAGACAGAAGGGCAAAUAUUCAUGGUAGAAAUAUCAUUUUGUCAUAUCAAAGAUGGUAUAAAUGUAUGCAAAACAAAAUAACUUGGGACUUUUGAUAUUGUAUUUUUUUUUUAGGUUAAAUUAAGAAUUCUUGCUGACAUGUUUAAACACAUUUUCUAAAGCAAAUACUUACAAAUUAUGCCUAUGGAAAUGUAGGUUUCAUAGCGAACUUAGCUAUGACUGACUAACGUUGUCAUAUUAGACUGUGGCGACCGAGGAGCUUAACGAGCUGCCUCGUGCAGAAAGUUCAAACUUAAACCCAGAAUUUGCUUUAUGCCUUUUAAUACUGACUUUCAAUAUGGCAACUUGGUUUGUACAUGAAUAUUGCAGUAUUUUAUUUCCAUAUAUUAAAAAUAACAUUUCCACCCAGGAUCAUGGCCGCAGUCUUCCUGGGAGGGAGUGGUAUGAUUGUCAUGACAAUGUCAUGUGAUGGUAGAAUUUCUUCAUUGACGAAUCUAUAGUAGUUGUGUAUACUUUAUUUACCCAUGUUUAUGUUACUACCAAAAACUAAAGGGUUUCUUUAUUGUUCAUCUCCCUACUGAAAUCGUGGUACUCCCAGUGCACAAUUGACGCUUGCAAACUGAAAUCCUCGGUCCUAUUUAUACCACAAGCAGCAUCAGUCGAGCGAGACCGGUCGAUUAUACCGACGCGUCCUUGCCGAAAGGCGUCGGAAAUGGCGCAUUUUGUGGUAUAAACAGCACUGCGGGCACAUGUGGUUUCAAAAGAGCCAGCUUCUAAUGGUUCGAGUUAGCCAUUAGAUGUUUACACGCGAUCUAAAGCAACCUGUGCUUAACAUGAUUUGUAUAUUGAUGUAGAAAAUGCAUGUGACAGACCAGCACAACCUACCGUGUUUUUUUUUUUAAGUGGCCUUCUUAAACCAAAAAUGACAUUUUUCUUUUCUUCUUUUAAGGGGGGAGCGAGUGGGUCGCGCUUUUUGCCGAAAACUUCCCACUUGGUGCAUGUUCCUUAGUAUUUCUCGUUAAGGCUGAUGGCCUUUUUGGGCAUGGGGUGACGGUUACUCUCUGCUCUCAUGUGUUAUAGCUGUGAUAGGUCAUUGCAGUAUUGGAGGAGGCCACAAGUUUGCCAGUGUUUCGCUUCUGCCCAUGAGUCUAAACAGCUUAGUGCUGGGCUGCUUUACGUAUUGGGGAUCCGUGUUGGGAAACAUCCACAAUAUUCCUGUCUAGUUAUAAUUUGACUGUGACUGUGCAUCGUCAUCUGUACAUAUAGAUAUGAGAGAUAUAUUUAGAAUUGCCUUGUGUAUUUUCCGGCAUUUACUACAUCUUUCCCGGUAAAUCAUCUUGCUGCCAGUCCAAAUUAUUGUACUUUGUCUGUUUAUAACAACCUUUGGCGUAACAAACUAUUGACUGUUCUUAGGCAGUGGGGAUAUUUUUUUUUUCCAUGACUUUUUUGUGACUGACUUUGGCUGUAAAACUUUUUUGUUACACAGCAAGUUUUUUUUUUUCCUGAGAUGUGUAAUUCCUUUAUGGAUUUUUUUUUUUAAUUUCAUAUUUUUUUCUAACAUGGCUUCAUUAAACAAAUAUUUAAAAAUGUAAUAUUUGGACCAGAUGUUGUGAAUAAUAGUAGAUAAAGCUAUUUUAUUCUGUAUUUUUAAAGCUGUUCAGUAUAAAUAAACGCGGGCAUAGAUGCAA